AUUUACGUAUUUAUUUUUAUUUCUUUGGAUGGCAAAAAACAACUGAGCUGAAAAGCUAAAAAAAGCUAUGGGCGGUUUGACGCUUUUGGGCUGGAACUUGAGACCCCAUCACCACCACCAACCAUAGAUCUUUAGGUUUUAGCAUAUUCAUGAGACCUAGUUCUUUUGCAAUACUGAGUUUGUAUUUGUAGAUGAAAACACUUACACAACCGAUUUCUUUCUUCUUUUAGAAGAUCAUUCCACCGAAGCCACCUUUUCUUUUUCUUUCCUAUAAAUUCUUGGUGGGUUUUAGAGAUCUUAACUGGGUUCGUGAUCCUUCUGCGAAUUUUUCCGUCUGAAUGGGUUCAUCGGAUCGGUUAUUCAACAGGCAAAGAACCGUCCAUGAGAUCUUUGGAGGAGGAUUCGUUGCAGAUGUGAUACUAUGGAGGCAAAAGAAUGUUACUGUUGGGAUAUUGUUAGUAGCUCUAGCUUCUUGGGUGGUGUUUGAGAGAUCGGGUUACACUCUGUUGUCACUUGUUUCUAGUGUCCUUCUCCUCCUCCUUACCACUCUCUUUUUUUGGGCCAAAUCUGCUGCCAUUCUUAACAGACCUGCUCCACCUUUACCGGAGUUGCAUCUCUCAGAAGAAAUGGUAAAUGAAUUUGCAGCUUUCAUCCGGACUCGUUUGAACGCUAUUCUCUUAGUUUCCCAGGACAUUGCCUUGGGUAAGGACACAAAUUUGUUCUUUGAAGUUGCUGGAUACCUGUUGCUGAUAUCUAUUGUUGGUGGCUUAGCUGAUUUUAUUACUUUGGGUUACACAAGUCUUGUUAUUAUACUUACAAUUCCAGCCCUCUAUGAAAGGUAUGAAGAUAUUAUUGAUAAAUAUGUGAAGAUGGUGUGCAAGAAAUCACAGCAGUUGUAUGUUAAGUUUAAUGUAGAAUGUAUUCGAAAAUGGAUUUUGGAGAAGCAGAAACUCGGCUGAUUUCUUCCUUAUUAUUCUUCACUUUGCCUUCUGGAAUAUUUUUUCUUGCUGAGAAUUGCUUGGGUUGGGCAUCAUGUUCUUGUUGUGCUUUGGGUGGUCUAUUUAUUUUCCUUUCUUUUCUUGGCCUUAUGAAAGACAAUUACAUCCAUUUUUGUAUCUUUGCUUAUGUGUAGUUUUGCUAUCAUUGGUACAGAAAUGUAUAGGAGUUUCCACCAAAAAUAUUAAUAGAAAGGGUGCGGAUAUUACAAGCUUUA